AUGGCCGAUAUCUGGGCCGUUCCGUUGGCGUUGACCGACUUCAAUAUCGUGGUGGCUGUCCUGGGGGGCUUUGUGUCGCUGUUCGGGCUGGUGUCGUAUCUGCUCAAGGAGAACUACUACCUGUCUGAAGCUCUCAUCUCUCUCCUAAUCGGCGUCGCCUUCGGACCCCAUGGCGCAAACUUCAUCCGCCCAGACGCAUACACCGGCUGCUCCGGCGUGACCGACGUCGCCUGCACCGAGAGCCGCCUGGGCAGCAUCACGCUCAACUUCUCGCGCCUCGUCCUCGGCGUGCAGCUGGUCAUUGCCGGCGUGCAGCUGCCGAGCAAGUACCUCUGGCGCGAGCGCAAGUCGCUGAUGCUGCUGCUCGGCCCGGGCAUGGCCGGCAUGUGGCUUGCCACGAGCUUCCUCGUCUGGGCCUUUGCCGGGAUGCCCAGCUUCCUGCAUGCCCUGGCCGUCGGGGCAUGCGUCACGCCUACGGAUCCUGUGCUGUCUGCUGUCAUCGUUAAGGGGAAGUUUGCGGACCACAACAUCCCCAAGGAGCUGCAGAAUCUGAUUGUGGCCGAAUCCGGAGCCAACGAUGGCCUGGGCUAUCCCUUCCUCUUCUUUGCCCUCUAUCUGAUCAAGUUUGUGGGCUCGGGCGCGACCUCUGGCGGGGCUGGAGAGGCCAUGGGCCUCUGGUUUGCGUGGACCUGGGGCUACACCAUCAUCCUGAGCAUCAUAUACGGCGCCGUCGUCGGACUGCUGGCCAAGGAGCUGCUCCGCUGGGCCGUCAAGCGCAACUAUGUCGAUCGCGAAAGCUUCAUUGUGUCCGCCAUAUCGCUGGCCUUGUUUGUGCUGGGGACCUGCGGCCUCAUCGGCACGGAUGACGUCCUGGCCUGCUUCAUCGCUGGAAACGCGUUUACAUGGGACGACUGGUUUCGUCUCGAGACCCUUGACGACUCGCUGCAGCCGACAAUUGACAUGCUGCUCAACGUCUCCAUCUUCUUGUGGUACGGGGCAUACAUUCCCUGGACUGAGUUCCGCCACAACUCCCUCGUUCCCAUAUACAAGCUCGUGCCUCUCGGGGUGUUGGUGCUGCUUGUGAGGCGCCUCCCGUGGAUCUUUGGGCUGCAUAGGUGGAUUCACCAGAUUACGGGGACGCAUCAGGCUCUCUUUGUUGGCUUUUUCGGGCCUAUUGGUGUGUCGGCGGUGUUCUAUCUGUUCAUCACGUUGGAGUUUAUUGAGAAGUUUUUGAGUGAUGAAGAGGGGAACCCGAGAAGCGAUGUCACACAUUUGGGCGCCACUGUGAGAAUCGUGGUUUGGUUUUUGGCGGUUUGCAGCGUGGUUGUCCACGGCUUGAGCAUUCCCCUGGGCAAGAUCGGGUACCUCGCACCACGCACGCUUUCUCGCGUGCUCACCGAGACCAGCAUCAGCACUUCCGCCGGCGGCCUUGGCAACAUGGACAACCCCUCGACCUUUUCCACCAUAGCCAGGUGGUUCCCUGGCGGAAACGGUGGCGCCGGGGUGGCCACCAGAGAGACCGUCGUCGGGCCCCCUCUGAGCACAUCUGCCACGUCAGAAGUAUCAAAGCCGCAGCCUAUGCCCCCCUCUGCCGACAUUCCGCUGGAUGCCCUCGGUCCGGAUGCUGGGCCUCGAGAGGCGGCCCGAAAUGCCGUCCGGGAGACACAGAUUCGCUUCCACGACGAGCUGGAGUCUCGGAACCCGUCUCGAAACGAGUCGAGAAACCCUUCUCGAAAUGUGUCUCGGGACCCCUCACGAAAUGUGUCGAGAAAUCGAGACGAGCCUCGGAGAAAGGGAGAUUCAGCCUCGCCGACGCCGAGCCCGAAAUAG